AUGGAUACGACUCAGCGUCUGUAUUUGCUCAUGUCAGGUAGGCGAGUUGAUAAUGGUCAAAUCGUUGCUACCAAAAUGAAAAAUGUUGCAGAAAGGGGUAAGGAGUUUAGGGAUGGAACCAGAAGCACUCAUCCGCUUGUUUAUCUCGGUCUCAUCAUGGGAUUGCUAUUGCUUCUCGAGUUGCACAUUCAGCCAGGAGGGCAGCCCGAUGAAAGCCAUCAUUUCAUGACUCCGGGGGAAUUUCAUACGCAUAUUGUAUGGCCUGGGGACAAGCCAUUUUAUCAGAGGGAGGCAGUUGGCUAUGAAAACGAGAAUGAUGAUGAGCAACAUACUGAAGCAGAAGAAGAAGUAGAGGCUGAAGCGGGAGAUGAAGAAGGAACUUCUGGUAGUUCUAAGGCGGCAUCUGAAGCCGGUGAUGAUGAUGAUGAGUUCAUGGGAGGAGAGUAA